CUUUCUUCUUCUUGCAGCUGUGUACAUUCGUUUCUACUUCUUCAAUUCUUUUAUUUUUAUUGCUGAACCAAGUCUACUUUCUUGUUUCUUUCAUAUACUGCCAACAAAUACCUGAUGGAAGGGCAUAGCGUUCAUGCCAAUGAGUCGACUCCUCUGUUAGGCAGUACUGGAACGUCUCCUACUCAGAACCACCGCUACAAUGAAUCCCAUGGAUCUGUAGGGAAGGGUCCCCGUUACGACUCAUCGUCCAUUGCGUCAACUGUUGAGGACGAGGAUGCGACUAUCCUUGACAUCUCUAGAAUCACUUCUGCUUCCCAGGGUAUACUUGAUAAUGUACCACCCCCUCCGGAUCAUGCAGGCCCUGAGGAUAGCCCAUCAAAAGAAAACACAGGCUACGCAGCACGAUUCAUCAAUGUCUCGCCUGCGCGAUUCUGGCUUAUCUUCGGAGGGAUCAUGAUGGGAUAUAUAAUUGCGUUUUUCGAUUCGACGCUGAUGGCAUCGAGUCAUCCAGUUAUUACCUCCUACUUCCAUGCCUCCAACUCUGCAUCGUGGCUCUCAAACUCUUUCCUUUUGACGUCUACUGCGUUCCUUCCUCUCUUUGGACGCAUCUCAGACACCUUUGGGCGGAAACCCGUGUAUCUGUUCUCUAUCAUUGUCUUCUUCUUCACUACGCUGUGGUGUGCCAUGGCCCAAAGCAUUGGCAGUCUUAUUGCCGCGCGUGCCUUCUGCGGUCUUGGAGCUGGUGGUGUGCUUGCUUUGGGAAUGAUCCUUUCCAGUGACUUGGUCCGUCUCGAGUACCGCGGUGUCUACCAGUCUUACAUCAAUCUUGUCCUGGGAGUAGGUGGGUGUUUAGGAUUAGCUUUUGGUGGCUACCUAUGCGACAAGGUGGGGUGGAGAGGUGCUUUUUACGUACAACUGCCAUUUAUCUUUGUGUACUUCUUCGUGGCUGCAUGGACGACACCGGCAGGUCUGGGAUUGAAGAGUGCGAAACGGGAAAACAUGACCUUGUCACAACUGGCGAAGAACAUUGACUUGGUUGGCUCGUUAAUCCUAGUUCUUGCCGUAACGUCGCUGAUCAUGGCACUGAACCUGGGUGGCAAUGUGUUCAGCUGGACUCAUCCUGUCAUCAUCUCAUCUUUGCUUCUAUCUUUCAUCUUAGCGGUAAUCUUUGUGAAGCACGAGCGCGGCGUGGAGCGUGCUGUUAUGCCAAUCUCACUACUAUCGAAGCAGCCUCGUGCAAGUAUCAUUUUCGGGAAUUUCCUUGGAUUUAUCUCUAUUAACACCAUGAUCUUCAACAUCCCGUUAUAUUUCCAGGCUGUUAAACUGGUCACACCAACCGAGUCUGGAUUCAAGAUGGUUGCUUGUACGCUUGCCGUCACCAUGUCCAGCGUCUCAACAGGCUUUUUGAUUACAUACACCAAACGCCUGAAGCCCACGAUAAUAAUCGGCGACAUACUUAUCCUUCUGGGUGGCUGUGCGGCUGCCUCAAUAGGUGCUACGACUCCGGAUAUCAUUGCAAUGAUCUGCGUUUCACUCUCCAGUCUCGGCCAAGGCUUCUCAUUCCCUUCGUUUAUGGUGGGGGUUCUUGCUACAAGCGACCAAGAAGAGCAAGCAGUGGCCACUACGACGCUAAGUCUAUGGCGAAACCUCGGCUCGGUCAUGGGAGUGGCGAUAAGCAGCUGGAUCUUCCAAAAUAGCUUGACAUAUCGACUCGAGGAGAUGGUCACAGGGCCAAACAAGGAAGAUGUCAUCCUACUCGUUCGCAAAUCGGUACGAGCUAUUGCAGAGUUGGACCCGAUGCAUCAACAACAAGUCAUCGGCGCGUAUAGUUUGAGUCUUCGGGUAACCUUCGUCUCCGCUGCUGUUUAUGGAGUUCUUAUGCUUCUUAUGCACGUUCGGAUGCGACUGCCGCGGCUUGGAAGCAGGUCUUGAUGCUAUCCACUAUUUAACGACAUAAAAGCAUUUGAUAUUUUACCAGUAUGUAUAAAACUGAUCAUGAGGCAUGUUGUAUUGGCAAGCCAUGCUAUGAUAUGAAAAUUUCAGGGCUUUCAGGCAGUGGUAUAAACAAGGUAGAAGCCCCAGUGAAUUUACCAAUCAAAAAGUUUAUUGUCUUCUUGAG